AUGUUUUAUCAAUGUGAUAUGUUAUUACCCGGUCGUGGUAUCGAUCGUACAUCUGGUGAAUUGCUGACACUUCGCGCUGUCAAUUUUACCGCGUUAGGUGUAAUUAUCAUCUAUGCUACAGCAGUUCUAUUGGGAGCGCCACUUUUAAGUCAUUUUGGAGCAAAUUUCAUUUUUUCGAUAGUGCUUGCAAUAGUGAGUAUAUUCCCAUUGUUGUUAGUUGCUGAAAACUUCGACAGUUUGGAUAAUAUUUUAUUCGGCGAGAGGCAAUUAUCGCGUAAGUGUUUGCUUGCUCGUCACUUAUCGCUUGGUGGUAUUUUCGGUGCGUGGUUCGGCGCCUUUGUUAUCCCUUUAGAUUGGGAUCGCUGGUGGCAGCGUUGGCCUAUUCCUUGUAUUUUUGGUGCAGUAGCUGGUGGUAUUCUUGGAUGUUUAAUCAGUAAUUAUAAAUUUUUUUUUUCCUGGUUGGAAAAACAACGAAAACUGGAAAAAUUUGUGUGA